GCUAAUGAUCUUCAUGCUAACACGCUGAUGUUGUGGUGCAUUCACUUGCAGCCUCACAGUAAGCAGGGCCUUUUUUACUGCACAUGUAAAGCCUUAAAAUGAAGCUAAUCAAACAUUGAGAACUACUGAACUAAAGUAAUCUUUUUUUUCUACAAAUGUUCUGAACUCCUGUUUCUAUGCCAGAUAUACUUUAUGCAUGUCGUGACGACAAGGCGCCACAUGGACGUGUUCCUUCCUGCAUGAGGACGGUUUAUCAACCACGCACCAGAGGAAGCAACACAGCAGGCCAAAAGAACGGCAAACAUGAACACACCGGAAUCCCGAAGAUACAUCUGUGCACGGCGGCGAGCACGCAACCCCGUCACGACCCCGUGCGCAUUGUUUGUUUCACUUCCUGUGUGUGGCGUGUCCACAAGAACGCUCAUGAGUCACAGCUGUCUUUAGCCCGAGGAUCAUCAUCCGACCACAGCAUGUUUACGUCCGACCUCUAACAUGCCAUAAAGACAUUCUCUUAAAAGCUUAGCUUGUUUCAAGGAGGAGACAGGAGCCUACACAACCUCAUCACCGUCAUGGAGAUGAUCAGACUUCACUUCACAACACGUCAUCAUUAGAUGUGGCGUUUGCUUUUUGUGCCGCCUCAGCACUAUACGGGGGCCUCAUGAAGUCCCCCUACCCCUCAGGGGAGAGAAGGAGGUCAUCGUCUCUGUCACGGCUACGAGAGGAAGGAGGACAGAACAUCAGAGGUGGCGGAGGCGUCCCGUCUCCAAUGUGAACCAGUAACCUGAUUACCCAGCUGUCACUGCGAUUAGGUCCAGGCUCUCUGGGAUACCCGGACAUAGUCUUUGGGACGUUCUUGGAAUGGGACAGCUAUGAAAGACUCGAGUGAGGAGGACGCCCCCCACCCCCCAUCCCCAUGCUGACAGCUCUUUGAAACAAUGGCGCUGUGCACACCGGACCCCUCCAAAGGCAUCCAGACUGACACCAAGGAGACCAACCAGGUGGUAAAAUCCAGACCUACGGACCUAAGGCUGACCCGAAGUUUGUCCAAGUCAGACUCGGACUUGUUGGCGCCGCAACUUGGAGAAAGCGAAGGAGGCCAUGCCGGUCGGAGUGGAUCCGUGUCCAAGUGCAAGACCGGCAACGCGUCCAAGGAGAGAAUGCCGUCCUUUGCCUCGGAAUGGGAUGAGAUUGAGAAGAUCAUGAACCUGAUCGGCGCGGGCAUCGAAAAGCCAGACAAGAACCAAAUGAGCUCAGAUGGGGCCUGCGGCAAAGCCCUGGACCAGCCGGUGGGCGAGUGGCUGGAGCACGUGGGGCUGCCGCAGUACGAGGGCAAGUUCCUGCUCAACGGCUUUGACGACCUGCGCUUCAUGGGAAGUAACGUGAUGGAGGACCAGGAUCUCAGAGACAUUGGGAUCACAGAUCCAGGACACAGGAAGAAAAUCCUCCAUGCAGCACGCAACUUGCCAAAGGUCAAAGCUCUUGGCUGUGAUGGCAGCACGUCUUUAGCUUCAUGGCUGGAUGUCCUGGGUCUACAGGAAUACCUGCCCAACUUCCUGUCCAGCGGCUAUCGCACUCUGGAGUGCGUAAAGAACCUGUGGGAGUUGGAGAUCAUCAAUGUCAUUAGGGUGGGUCCGCUGGGCCACAGGAAGAGGAUCAUCGCAUCUCUGGCCGAGAGACCCUACGAGGAGGCUCCCUCCAAGUCCCGUCGCCUGUCUCCCAUUAUGUUCCAUGACCUCCUGUCCCAGACUACGUGCCCCCUGGGCCAGAUGGACCCCUACACCAGUCGCUCCAUGGACAUGCUCCUGCCCCUGGCGGAGGCCGACCGGAGGCGGAGAGGAGGAGAUCAAGACUGUAGCGUUUCUCUGCGUUCCUAUUGUGAGAGGCCGCGCUCUGUCGACCGUCACAGUGAACGACACAAAGAAUCUCGUCUCAACUUGCGGCCGCCCAGCCACUCUGCUACCUACGCCACGGUGUCCGCCUGGCACCACCAGCCUGAGAAACUCAUCCUGGACGCCUGCGGGUACGAGGCAACAUACUUAGGUUCAAUGAUAAUCAGGGAUCUACGAGGGAUAGAGUCCACACAAGAUGCCUGUGCCAAAAUUAGGAAAUCAAAGGACUCAAGAAAAGGUCCAGUUGUUAUCCUCUCCAUCACCUACAGGGGGGUCAAGUUCAUCGAUGCAGCCACAAAGACUAUAGUUGCAGAACACGAGAUCCGCAACAUCUCCUGUGCUGCACAGGACCCGGAUGACCUCUGCACUUUUGCCUACAUUACCAAGGACCUGAAGAGCGGCCACCAUUUCUGUCACGUCUUCAGCACGGUGGAGGUGACACAGACGUAUGAGAUCAUCCUAACACUGGGCCAGGCCUUCGAGGUGGCCUACCAGAUGACCGUCCAGUCUAGGCCGAGACACUUCGUCCCGCAUUCGUCUUUGGGCUCGGAGGUCCAAGAGACUAAAAUAAGCCGACCAGUGUCGCAGUCGUGGAGCAGCAUGAGGAGAUCCGCAGGUGCCCCUGUGCUCGAAUGCCGCUGCUGUCACUGUCACACGUGUACCACCCACCGUCCUUCUUUCCUCCCGUUGCACUCUGUUAGCCCCGGAGUCCAGAUCGACCCCCUGGAGAUGGACGCAGACAUGCACUCCCUGGGCAGCACCUCCUGGCUCUUGGACCAGAGGGACUCCAACAGGCGGCCAGUCAGCACCAACCUAUCCUGUCUUACCAGGCAUCUACCACUGUGAGGCGCUGUGAGGAGGCCGCUUGACUUAGCACGGGAUGCCAAACAGACAAAUCAAUGAUAAACAAGUUUUUUUUUUCUUCUAUGCAUUUGUACAUUAACACAAAUACACCUUGUUGCACUUUGAGGAGUUCAUGUGAUAUUAAUCCAAAUUAUUCCCCUCUUCCCGGGCACCACCCAAUGACUGCACACUGCUUUUUUUUUUUUUGGGAGGCACUUCUGAUUUCCUGCUGUGUCAAAAUAACAUUGUGACCAGAUUGGGAGGGGGAGGGUGGGGUCUUUGCGCUGGCCUUGUACGUGCCCUGUGCCUCUCAGCAUCACGGUAGCACAGAGAGACUGCAAAAAGCGCCUGGAUUUGCAGAUAAAAACCAAGAAAAACACUGUGUUGACACGUGGCACUAUCCCUUUCAACCUUUCUAAGAUGGGAGUCCAUUUUGUGAUACUUUUUUUUCAUAGAGGCCAACAAAUAAUAAUAAUAAUCUCAAUUUUGUAAAUGGAAUCCAAACACGCCUAACAUAAUUUGAGUUGACUUAUUAAAAAAGAGGGGCCCGAGCACGAGUUUCCCAACUUAGCAUCUCAUUAUCACGAUGAAACGGCUUUCCACACGUGCAGUUUCACGCCAAUUUAGAAUGAAGCGCAGCAGCACACGCUAAGUGUGUCACACGGCGGCGUGUUAAAAGAACCAAAUUUAAAUGUUGUGUUGGUGUUGUGAUGAUACGAAUGGAUUUGCUAUGCUGAGAGCACGACACGCCAUGUUUAUGUAUUUUUUUUUUUUUUUUAAAAAGGAUGCUCUUCCUUCUCCUGCACUGUGAAUCAAAAGCUUGUUGUGGAGUUGACACACUUUGCGUCCUUUACCCGUGUGCACUGCUACCUUUUUGGGUUGUUUCUGUCCACUGUCCCUGUGUGUGUUUGUGUGUGUGUGCACAGGGGGAGGCUGACGUAUACGCAGACUGUUAAGACCUGUGUGUGUGUUUGUGUGGCACUGUAGCAGCGUUCUGGCCACCGUGUUCUGACUGUUAGCUUCCACUGGUGAUGCAUGUAAGCAGUGUUUGUUUUGGGUCUGGUACCUGUGGAUGCGCAGGGCCGGGCCGGGUCAGUCUGUGUGUGUAUGCGCACUGUGGCGUCUCCUGCUCUGGCUCAUCACGCUUCGUCCAUUUCCGUUUUGAACAUUUCAGCCUGUCACCUCCAGUCAUCCCUACAUCGUCCUCAUCCCGGCAACAUGUCACGUACGUUCUCCCAUUUUGUUCGUCACCAAGGCAACCUGCUCUUGUAUGGCUGGCUGCAAAGUAAGGAUGGGUACAUUAAAAAUUUAAAAAGUGGUUUAACCUAAGCAACAACAAAAAAAAACGUAUGUAACAAAAAUGUAACAAAAUAACAAAUACAAGCACUUAUAGUUCAAAAUUAUAGUUGAACCACUCUUCUGUGUUUAACAUUACAUUUCAAUGGUAGCUGAUUAGGCAGCACUGGAGUUGGACUUGAAUACAUUUGCACCUUCUACUGGUUGUCUACCAGUAUAACAGCUCAGUAAAAAUAUGAUGACUGUAGAAAUUAAUUAUAUUUUAUGCCACUGGAUGCAUUUCACAGUCCAAAGUCAACAAAAUGCUGCAAUAAGGAAUGCAAGUUAUAGAAAAAGUGACAUUUUAAACAUUUUGUGUCAACACAAGAGUGAUAUAUGAUAGUAAACUAUCAUCUAUGUCGCGUAUACUCACUAGGGUCAUGGCGAUAUGCUGGAGCCUAUCCCAACUAACUUUGGACAAGAUGCGGUGUACACCCUGCACUGGUCACCAGUGUGUUCUCUUCCUAUUAAGAAAUAAAACAAGUCAGUGCCAGAGCCAGAAACCUUUCAUUGGUGUGGUCAAGGUGAGACCAUUACUCACAUAGGGGUGGCACUUGAUACCUGAAAUGUCUAAAUGGCCAAUUACCGUUAAUAAUUUGGCAACGACACAAUUUGGAAAAAGCUUUAAGAACAAAGUCAAGUGCAAAGUGUGAAACUCCUCAGUGAUGCAAUCAGUGGAAUUAGAAAGUGAGCUCAUUCAGCACAUCUGCCAUGGCUUAUUAUUUUUGCUGCAGGUAUUCUGGCUGCGUGUGAGUUCCAGUGAUUCUUCCUGAAGCGAGAUAUUAUAUCAUUAUUAAAAGUAUUAAAAGAAGAUGCCUUACUCGCCCCUUUAGUGCUUUACAAUCAUUACAAGUUGCAUACUUACAAUAUGAAUAUUUCCAAACCGUGGAUAUACUGAGCUAGCAAGCUUAUUGCUGUGUGGAUCAUGAGGUCAUCACGUGCAUGGAUAUGGUUAUUCAUCAAUUAAUCAUUACUAUCAUCGGGCCCUAAUGCUGGUCAGUCUAUAUUGUCGGAUAUCCCAAAGUUUUAUAAUUUGUAUAAGUAUUUACAUUUUCUUUUAAAAGUAUUGCAAUGUUUAAAAAAAAUAUUGUUUGCACAGCACGGUGGUUGAGCGGUUAGCAUGCAGAUUUCACAGCUAGGAGACCAGGGUUCAAUUCCACUCUCGGCCAUCUCUGUGUGGAGUUUGCAUGUUCUCCCCAUGCAAGCGUGGGUUUCCUCCCACAUUCCAAAAACAUGCUAGGUUAAUUAGCGACUCCAAAUUGUCCAUAGGUAUGAAUGUGAGUGUGAAUGGUUGUUUGUCUACGUAUAUGUGCCCUGUGAUUGGCUGGCGACCAGUCCAGGGUGUACCCUGCCUCUCGCCCAAAGACAGCUGGGAUAGGCUCCAGCACCUAGAAAAUGAAUGAAUGAAUUGUUUGCACAUAAAAAUUGCUCUCUGUUUACGUUUGGGAUAGUCAGCUUAGAGAGCAGGGGUCCACAACCUUUUUUUGCACCACGGACUGGUGUGAUUUGGGUCUUUUUUCCACGGACCGGCCAAUGUGUGGCAGAAAAAUACAGCAAAUAUAAAAUAACACGAUGUUAAGUGCAGGGAAAAUAUAACUCACCUGCUGAAUCAGUGGGAGGCCUGAGCUCGUUUUGUUGAGACGAGAUGGUGUUCCAUCUAGGUAUGAUAUGAGACAGUGAGUCGUUAAUAAAUUAUUUAUUAUUUCUGUGCGGCCCGGUACCAGGACCGGUCCCCGGCCCGAUGGUUGGGAACCCCUGGCUUAGAGUACAGCAAAUUAACAGGGACAGUACCCCCUACUGGUAGCUGUUAAGUAGUACAAUCCUUUGAGAUAUUACUUAAUGAUGUACAGUAGAUACAGUUGCAGAUGGAAUUCUCCACAACCUAAUAAAGGCCACAAGUACCACUCUAAGUACACUUCACAUCCCUUUAUGUGUUCGUUAAUCUCUAAUUAUGAGCACACACCAGUAGAAAGUUAACAAAAUAUAAAUAUGUUAGACAUAAUAAAGUCACAAACUCAGAAUUCUGGCAUAAAAUGACUUCUAAUGUCUUCUAAUCAACCUGCAGAGUAGAAGAAGAGAGAUUUUUCACCUUGAGUAUUCACAUCCCAGAUAGGCAGGUUAAGAGUUACCUUAGUUUGCAAUAAUGAGUGCAACAGCCAUUGAGUCACACAGGGGUCCUUGUGUAGUCUCCUGUCAGCAGUGUUUUCUGCACAGAUAGAACAAGCAGGCAGCAUGUCCAAAUUUACCUACUAAUGACUAGUACUUUUCUAUGGGCAGAUCAGUCAGCUCAUUAUGUCAAUGUACCUUAUCCUAUUUGUUAUAGAUUAUAGUAAUAAUGUUCAUCUGCUCAGCUGACGAGUUAAUAAAACAGUAUUAACCUAUUAACACCUAUGCCACAACAUAUACUGCUCAAAAAUAAUAAAGGGAACACUAAAAUAAUGUAUCGUACUUUUAAAUGAAUUAAAUAUUAUCGUAUUUUCCGGACUAUAAGUCGCACUUUUUUUCAUAAGUUGGCUGUUCCUAAAUGAAAAAACUGUUUAUGUUACAUAAACACUGGCACCUUUUCUGUUCAUGUUUAUUUUUUGUGUAGCUGAAUAACUAUUGUGUUAGCAUAUAUUACACUUAUUCAGCCUGUUCUCUAUUAUUUUAUUGUUAGAACUUGCCUUCCAAGAGGACGUAAUGUCGGUUUUGGUCCAGUAGUUUGGAAAAUAAAUUAGCUUAAUAAAUUACUUAUAUUCCAGUGCGACUUAUGUUUUUUUCGACCUAAUUAUGCAUUUUUUUGGCAUUGUGCGACUUAUACUUUGGAGCAACUCCAAAAAAUGCAGAAAAUACGGUCAAUACUAAAAUAAUAUAAUCAUAUAAAUAAUAAAUAAUAUAAUAAUAUAAAAUAAUAUAAAAUAAAAUAGGUGUGCUGACAACAAAAAUUACCCAAAAAUAUCAAUUAAAAUCAAAUUUGUUAUUAUAAUUGGGGGUGUCUUGCUGUUGUCUAUUCCAUUUGCACAACAGCAUGAGAAAUUGUGUUGCUUCCCAAGUGGAUAGUUUGAUUGGCUUGGAGUUACAUUAUGCUGUUUAAGUUUUCACUUUGGUUUUUUUGAGCAGUGUAAAUAUACACGAUCAUCAAACUGGCUAAAUAGCGCCCAUCCCUACUGCAGAUUGUGUCAUAAAGAGCAGCAGCUACAAGAAGCAGGUUGUGACAGGGUGACGUGGUGCAUGUCUCUUGUUAUUUUAACAUCAGUGUCUUCCUUGUGUAGCUCGUCCCAGCGUUCAAGUUCCCGGACACCAAGCUCUGAUGAGUUGGCAGCCAGCGAGCGGCCCAUGUGUGAGUUUAGUGGGAAGGAGAUAGAGGGAGGAAAUCAACUCUUUGACAUUUAGCUCUCGCCCUGUACACUUACACCCCUCCCGGCAUCAAACCUCUCCCUGAUCACACAAACGAAAGGUAACCUGUCCAACAUUGCCAGCUAAACAGGACACGAGUAGCGCUCACUUCUCGACAAAAGGUCAGCUAUAGAAAGGUCAAGUCUUCUUUCGGGCCUCGGUCCUCGUUAUGUUGGUACUGCAACGGGUAUGAGCGUUGUCGACAAGCAUGUCAAAUCGAUCCAGGUCUACGGGAGACACUAGCUGUUUGAUAUGGACAAAAAAAAUAAUAAAAAAAAAAAUACUGUACCAGCAUCCAAAGCUUUGCCCAUGUUUGUGGCCAGAGUUUGGUUUGUCAAAGAAAAUGUUAUACUGGUUAAAAAUUUCAAAAAGCAAUAUUAUAUUCAUGAUAUUAAAUGAUAUGAUGAGAAAAGCAUCCCCGAAAGUCAGCAUUGUUUGUCUGUUUUCUUGCCGUCCUUUAUUGAUGCAUUUAAGGGAUGCACUCCCUUAGAAAGUAAACGUGGAUACGCUUUAGAAUAGUCAGUGUACAGCUUGAUAUGCACUCUCCUCCAGACCUGAACCAGUGCUCUUCACUUGUAUUGCCAGCGAUUUAUAUACUAAUAGCUGGGACUUGACUUAUUUUCAGUGGAUAGAAAAUCUACACUGCUGUACAAUUGUACACAGACUACUCUAAAGUAUGUCCACAUUGACAUUCUAUUGUAUUGUCCAUUAUUUCUCACUGCUAAUCUCUUCUUUUAGAUUUAAAACUGAAUCAGUUUAACCGCAUUUGUUGGAAGUAAGUUCGUUUGGACUUGCCUAAGUAAGAAGCAGACAACUCGGCACUCGGCAUGAGUGUGAGUGGGCAUCUACUCCCUAAAACGCCUCCAGCAUUGCCCCAAGGAAACUCUCUUCACGGUUUUGGAUCAAGCUGAAAUUAUAAUCAGCUCUGCACGCACUCGGGAGCACAAUUACAUGCAAACUUAAAAGUGUCAUUUAAAAGUUGUGCUGUCAACAAAAAAAGUCAGUUACAUUUAAAAAUGAAAGUGAUUAUCACUUGUGCUAUAAUAUACGAUAUAUGCGAUAUCGCUGAUAAGAUAAAAAGGUGAUACCUUUUGAAGUUUGCCGUGCAUCUCCACAUAGCACCAACAGCAGCACCUUAAGCGAACAGGCCCCCCCCUCAGGUGUAGCAAGCAAGCUCUUCCUGCAUGUACUGUAUAUCUGCAACUGUACUUUUACAGACAAAAAAAGGCACAACAAUGCGAACAUCACAAUAUGUUAAGAAAAAAGAAGCUGCCCGCUCUUACCUGAAGACACCGAGUGGUCACCGAGUGGAUCUGUGGCUGUGUAAUAAGGGCACAGGACAGUACACAAAAUGGGGCCAGACUAAAAAUAAAAGUUCAAAUCUUUUAUAGCCGCAAAAAAGCUGUGUACCAAACUGUGCAGAUAAAUACAAGCAUUUGAAAAAGCACACUUAUUACCUAUAAAAGUCUCCCAUCAUGGCUGCUAGACACACACAGAUAUCUUUACAAAAAAAACAACAACUCUAAGUCAAUGUGUUGUUUUGUUUUUAUACAUUUGCAUAUUUCAAAAUAUUAAACAUCAUUUUUGUAUUAAAAUAAAACAAGGAUAAGUUAAGCACACAGUUUCAGUUCUUGCUGCUAUUUACAUAUCUGGUAACUCCACAUUUCACACUUUAAAAGUGGAGGCAACACUGAGACAAUAAGUGCCAUGAGCAGAACCGUCAUAGAAAAACAUUUGAAUACAUAAGACUAGAGAUUCUAGGCAGUUUACCUCAACCAGACCAGAGUCCUGACGGAAAACAAUAAUUAAUACAAUCUUCUGUUCCCAAAAAGAAAAUAUUUUCCCUAGGCUGACAAAAGUACAAAAAAAAAUCACUUCAUAUCAUAGCAGUGCUACUAAUCAGACUCUCAGCCCUUUUUUUAUAUACUUCAUUGUUAUUUGUGUGUAAACCACACUUACCAGAGAAACUUAACUAAAUUAACACUUUUAAUCUCAAGUUGGGAUCCGUUCUCCAUAAGGAAGUAAAAAAAAAACUUCCACACUUGUGCCACACAAGAUCAUCCAUCAGAGGGCAAGUCUGCAAACAUGAGCUACACACACAAACACACACACAAAGCAACAAACACACACUCUUGCUACGAGUCCUUGAGCAUGUUGAUGCGUGCAAAGAUCUUGAGUGCAGGUCCCAGUUUAAUGUUCAUGGUGCUCAUCAGGUGAUCCUCCUUUAACAGCAGCAAUGCUUGGCCGUCAAUCUCCUGCGAGCGGAACUCGUCUGCGAUCUCCUGACAUCCUGGGUAAACGUCAAAAACACGUUUGGUCACAAAGACAAAAUGAUCCCAGCAUUACACACAUAAAUUAUACACAACUUUUUUUAUUCCUCCUGUGAUUGUCAAUAUACUAUUACCAAACAACCGCUUACUCAAUACACAAUCAGGAUUCAGUAGGUAACAUCAUAUAAAGUAUACUCACCAGUCAUUUCAUUAAGUACUGUCAAUUAAGGACCAACCAAAGUAUCAAAACAUAAUAAUAAUGCUUAGUAAAGCUUUGAUAAGCUAUGAAUGAAAGUUGCAAUGUAAUAAUACUACAUAAACAGUACACAAUAUUGAUAAUUACUAAGAUAAUAAACAUUACAUUGGGUGAGUGAUUAGCACAGAGGCCUCACAGCUAGGAGAACCGAGUUCAAUU